UCGAUAGCACGAUAAAUACAGCAGCUGUCAUAUCACAUCGCUAAGCAACUGGGCCUGUUCUUGUUGUGUAACUGAAACGCGUAUUUUUAAUAAACGCCCACAAUGUCAGCAAGCGCCGCCCGAGGCUCAACGUCCCUGCUCAAGCGCGCCUGGAACGAGAUACCCGACAUUGUUGGCGGCUCGGUAUUGGCUCUAACGGGCAUCGUCAUGGCUGGCAUUGGCCUGGCCAACUACUAUGCCAAGGAUGGCGACAAUCGUCUCUACAAAACGGGCUAUGUGGUCUUCCGUGACGAUGAUCCUCGUGCCAAGAAGGUGCGCAAGGACGAGGACGACUAAGAAAACUGUGCGAUCUGAUUGUUUUCAACCAUCUUUUUUUUUUGCGCCGCAAUAUAAAUAGCUAAGUAAAACAAAACAAU